GAAUCCGUGGUUAUGAGACUGCUAUUUACAUUUUGCUCCUCAAGCUCACCAAUUCCCCAUACAGCCCCCUGUAUGGGGGCUACCAGACUCAGAUGCAGGAGGAAAUACCUUCAUGAAAUAACUACAGUGCCAGCAGGAGACAGAACAGGAACAGGAGGAAAACAAAGAGUUGAAAAAGUAUGUACAACCAUAAAGAAGCUCAGAAGAGAGAAGCACAGGCAAUAUGGGUGCGAUCUUUCAGCACAGCAGGGUGAGACCAGAAAAAGAGACGUUACAUCGCACCACUGACACUAUGAGAGGAGAGAGGCUUUCAUUGGACUCUGACUCUGUAUAGUAAAAUGCAGCAGUACUGCACAGGGAAUACAUAGAAGAGGGGGUGAUGUAACACUCCUGAAGAAAGGGUGGGGGGGAUAAAGGAGUUAUGCAGCCAUGUAAGAAAUUGAUGCAGCUUACGUCACUUGUGGCUUGGUAUAAAAACACUUGUACAAUGCCUGAGCUUAUCUACUAUAGGGUCCAUGCAAAAACUUUCUCAAGCUGCUGGAGGCAGAGAUUGUGGCAACAGGGAAGGGAAAGACUACCUGCCUAGGUACUCUCUGCACUAUCCAACUUUCUCUACACUAACCUGAGGAGGGCAACACUUCUAUUUAAAGUUAUGGAGCACAAACAAAGGUCCAGAUCCUUUUCCAUUAUCCCUAUUCUUGUUGCACUUUUGUGCAGGUGGGUAGAAACAAGAGUUUACUCUGCCCCUUGUGAAACUGUUAGGAUACCUAUGUGCAGGAGUAUGCCCUGGAAUAUUACCAAGAUGCCCAACCACCUCCAUCACAGCACUCAGGAGAAUGCCAUCCUGGCUAUUGAACAAUACCAGGAGCUUGUGGAUAUUAAAUGCAGCCCUGUGCUUAGUUUCUUCCUGUGUGCCAUGUAUGCCCCUAUCUGUACCCUGGAGUUUCUUCAUGACCCUAUUAAGCCUUGCAAGUCAGUAUGCCAGCGAGCUAAGGAUGGCUGUGAACCCAUCAUGAAGAUAUAUAACCAUAGCUGGCCUGAAAACCUAUCUUGUGAUGAUCUUCCAGUGUAUGAUCGAGGAGUGUGUAUCUCCCCUGAAGCCAUAGUCACCGAUCUCCCUGAAGAUGUAAAGUGGAUGGAGUUUACACAGGAUGUCGUAGUCAAAGAAGGGCCAAGAAUGAAUCACUGCAAAAGUUUAAACAUGGAUCAAUGUAGAUGCAAACCAAUGAAGCCGUCUCUGACUAUGUAUUUAUCUAAAAAUUAUAGCUAUGUAAUCCAUGCAAGAGUGAAAAGCAUCACUAGAAGCAAAUGCAAUGAAAUAACAACAGUGGUUGAGGUUAAAGAGACUCUAAAGUCUUCAACAACAAUCCCAAAGUCUCAAGUUCCUCUCAUUACUAACUCAUCUUGUCAGUGCCCACAGCUGUUACCCAACCAAGAUGUACUCAUCAUGUGCUACCAGUGGCGCUCAAGGAUGAUGCUCCUUGAUGGCUGUUUGGUGGAAAAAUGGAAAGACCAGUUGAAUAAAAGGUUCAAGAGGUGGGAAGAAACAUUACAAGAAAAGAAGGCAAGAAACACCCAAGAGAAGAUAAUGAACACAAGCCGCUCAGGACGCAGUGGUGUGCCAAAGAUAACCCCAAAGAAUUCAGGCACUGCUUCUGGGAAACAAAAGAAGAACAUUAAAACCAAGAAGGAUCAAAAAGAUAAGCGAGUCUGAGUUCAGAAGUAUAUCAAAUUAAAGACAUUAUUGUGUUUGCAUGAAGGUCACCAGCUGGCCUUAGUGGCAUAACAUUAGACUCACCAAAAAAUGACCUUUUUUGGCUGCACUUUACUGCGUAAUGUUUGCUUGUUUGUUGUCUUUGACCAUUGCAAAUCAAAGAUUCCAGAUUUGCACAGAACCAUUGCAGUGUUAUCAUGAUUAAAUCAAUUCACUGCAUUUGAUCUCUUGCACAUUUAUCAGCUGAAGUUAAAGUGUGUCAGUAUGUAAUGUUGUGUAUGUUUUUAAUUAUAUAUCAUAAGGCUUUAGCAUAGGCAUAACAGCAUAAGUAUUUGUUUUAUUGUUGUACUUCAGGCUGGAUACUGUUGUUUAAGGAUUAUGCAAUAUGGUUAAUUAACGUUGCUGCUAGAAGAAAGUCCAUGUUCUUAUAUACCUGUAUUGGUGCAUUAAAAUACAUAUUCCUGUUGCUUUAA